GUGAUGGAAGGAAACAGGACGCUGCUGACUGAGUUUGUUCUCAGAGGAAUAACAGAUCGUCCAGAGCUGCAAGUCCCCCUCUUCCUGGUGUUCUUCUUCAUCUAUGUCACCACCAUGGUGGGCAACCUUGGCUUAAUCUUUCUCAUCUGGAAGGAUCCCCAUCUUCACACUCCCAUGUACCUUUUCCUUGGAAAUUUAGCCUUUGCUGAUGCCUGUACUUCAUCCUCUGUUACUCCAAAAAUACUUGUAAAAAUUUUAAAUAAGAAUGACAUAAUAUCCCUGGGUGAAUGUUUCUCCCAAUUUUAUUUUUUUUGUUUUAGUGCAACCACAGAAAUUUUCCUAUUGGUAGCGAUGGCCUAUGACCGCUAUGUAGCCAUAUGCAACCCUCUGCACUAUGUAGUUGUGAUGUCUAAAAGACUUUGCACUGUGUUAAUAAGUUUGUCAUAUAUGUUUGGUUUUCUAAAUCCUACAGUUCAUGUAGGGUUAUUAUUUAGAUUAACAUUCUGUAGGUCUAAUGUUAUCGAUCAUUUCUACUGUGAAAUCUUGCCACUCUUUACAAUCUCUUGCACGGAUCCAUCUCUUAAUGCAUUGGUGAUGUUUGUUAUUGCUUCUUCAGUACAAAUUGGUACCUUUGUCAUUAUUGUAGUCUCUUAUGCCCGUGUCCUAUUUGCUAUCCUGAACGUGAAGUCUAAGAAGGGCAGAAAGAAAGCCUUCUUCACCUGUAGUGCCCACCUGCUCUCCGUCUCUUUUUUCUAUGGGCCUCUUGUCUUCAUGUAUGUAGGUCACCACGGUUCUGCUCCAGGUAAAAACCAGGAUAAAAUAUAUUCACUGUUUUACACAAUUGUAAUUCCUCUGCUAAACCCCUUUAUUUACAGCUUAAGAAACAAGGAAGUUUUGGGUGCUCUGAAAAAGGUUACAAAAUGA